UUAUCAACUCAAGUGUUUUUCUUUCAGAGCAGAGCAAAAAUUAAGCUAAAAAAUGAGUAGUUCCUUGAAUCCCCGUUACUACCGCACAGCCAAAGUGGAAGAAAUUGAGAAAAAAACAGAAAGGCCGAUGGAGUACUUCACCAGAGAGAUACAGAGGCCUAAUUCUACGAAUAUGAGGAAGCCGGCGGCAGCGCCAAAGAAGCUGGAGAGCAAGCCAUCGGAAGAUAUCAAUGAAAGUGCGGAGAAUUUCAUAAACAAGUUUAAACAACAGCUGCUUCUGCAGAGGCUUGAGUCCAUAGAGAACUACGAGCAAAUGCUUAAGAGGGGAACAUAACGACCUCUCUUUCAAAAUUAUUUUCUCAAUUUUUCGCGUGUUAUGUAUGAAUUGUUUCAUUGUAUUGCUAUAUGUGUAUUGUGUGUGCGGUCAAUUAGUAAGUCAGAAUUAUAAAUAACUUGUAGUAAUAUAUAAAAAAAAUUAUUAUUACUGG